GUUUGUGGGGACUGUGGAAAGAGAGAGAGAGACCAAAAUCAGUAUAAAAGGGAAGCGAAAUGGGAGGAAGCACUAUCCUUCUGAAAGUUCAAAUUUUGCAAAUCAUAACCAACUGCUCCCUUCACUCAUAGCGCGAGACACAGACCAAAAAAAGCUUUUUAACGGCCCCCUUUCUUUCUUUCAACCUUUUUUCUUUUACAACUACACCUUUUUUUUUUGUUUUUGGUUUUGCCUUUCUAUCACGACGUUACAUAUAACAUCUAUCUUUUAAAAACUGUAUCAUUUUAUACAUAAGCAAACAUUUGGUUUUUCCAAUUAAACAGAAAGAGAAGAUGAUUGUGGCAGUUGGUGAUAAAGUGAGGAUAAUAGUGAGGGAAUUCGACGGCAAGAAAGAUUGCAGGGAAGUAGAAGAGGUAGAGAGAAGUUGUGAAGUUGGGCCCACCGGCAAACUCUCUCUUUUCACUGACCUUUUAGGUGACCCUAUUUGCAGAGUUCGCCAUUCUCCUGCCUUUCUCAUGCUGGUAGCAGAGACAGAGGGAAAAGAAGAGAAAAGGGGAAUAGUGGGAAUGAUAAGGGGUUGUAUCAAAACCGUUACAUGUGGGAAGAGACUCUCCAGGAACAAUCUCCCUGUUUUCACUAAAAUUGCCUAUAUUUUAGGCCUUCGUGUCUCUCCUUUGCACCGGAGAAAGGGAAUUGGGUUGAAAUUGGUGCGCAAGAUGGAGGAAUGGUUCAGGGAAAAUGGUGCUGAAUAUUCAUAUAUAGCUACUGAAAACGAUAACCAUGCUUCUGUAAAACUCUUCACACACAAAUGUGGCUACACCAAGUUCCGUACUCCAUCUAUUCUAGUGCAGCCAGUUUUUGCACACAGAGUCAAAAUAUCAACAAGUGUCACUAUAAUCAAACUCAGCCCAAUUGAAGCUGAAACUCUGUAUCGCCAUAAAUUCUCCACCACAGAAUUUUUCCCCACGGACAUUGAUUCAAUUCUCACCAAUAAACUCAAUUUGGGUACUUUUCUAGCAGUUCCAAAGGGUAACUUUUCAGGUUGGAAUGGUGUGAAUGAGUUUUUAACGAGUCGGCCCGAGUCGUGGGCUGUACUCAGUGUGUGGAACUGUAAGGAUGUGUUCAAAUUAGAGGUUCGAGGCGCAUCCAAAAUUACAAGAGGUUUAGCUAAGACGAGUCGUUUAAUGGACCGGGCUUUUCCAUGGCUUAAGGUUCCGUCAGUGCCGGAAGUUUUCAGGCCAUUUGGGCUUCAUUUUUUGUAUGGGCUUGGUGGUGAAGGCCCAUUAGCGGUGAAGUUGGUGAAGGCCCUUUGUGAUUUUGCUCAUAACUUAGCUGGAGAAUCGCGGUGUGGGGUGGUGGUGACAGAAAUAGCAAGUUGCGAACCGCUUAAGUUAGGAAUUCCUCACUGGAAAAAACUAUCUUGCGCAGAGGACUUAUGGUGCAUAAAACGAUUAGGGGAAGACUAUAGUGAUGGGUCUGUAGGUGACUGGACUAAAUCAAAGCCUGGUCUUUCUAUUUUUGUUGAUCCAAGGGAAUUUUAACUUUUUAUUGACAAUAUCUUGUGUUUUAGAAUAGGGAAUCUAAUUUAGAUGUCAAUUUUUCAUUUUUGUAGGUUCUUUUUUUUUUUUUGGAUUAACUUUAUAUAAUUGCAAAAUUAGAGGACCUUUCUUUAGAUCCCCUCUGUCAUAUGGUGGAUUUUUGUUAUCUUUGGACUCUA